AAAAGUAACAAUGAUUUUUUUUUUCCCUCAAUGGAUACUUCCACUGUUAAUUGAUUAUGAUUUUACUCAUAUCUAUACUUUCACUUACGUAUAAUUUGUCUUGCAUUUUCUGCUCUGCGUGAUUCUACAGAAAAUAUGUGUAUUAAAAAACCAACAGCAGCUAUGCUAUGAAUACGUAGGGUUAUGUACCCAUCCAUAUAAAUCAACUCUUAGCUGUUUAACUCAACAAAAUGACUGGGCAGUUAUAUACUUUAUAGUCUACUUGUAUUUUAAUAGGUUGUUAUGUAUGUACCAACACAUUCUUCAACCUCUCCUCCCGUUUUUAAAAUUCAAACUUUUAGGUAUAUUGUUUUUCUUUUAAACAAAUAUGAAACAGAAAUGCGCGUGCCCUGCCUCUUUUAUGCCCCAUGCUUCAUCUAUAUUUAAAGAUAUGCAAAUAUGUGGCGCCUACCCUACCUGUCGUUCCUGCCAGAGAUACUCGCGAUGUGAUGUUUUCCCCAUCCAAGAUCAGUUUAUUACCUGCUUUAAUCGACUUAACUCGGUACCGCUACUAAAUGGAAGUUCAUGAAACUUUAUGGAUUAGAAAUCAGAAAGGUUCACUUCACAUCUGGUUAGAAACAUCUGUGAACAUGUGCGCGCGCGAGCUCGAGAGAACAGGACUGAGAGAAACUUCGGGAAUAUGGCCCAGGUCACUUGUGCGGACAUGGACUCUGAUGCUGCUGUUGGUCACCUGCCUACUCUAUUGGGCACGGAUGGCCAUGUCAGUUUGUGCAGCUACUAUGGCUAAGCAAUUUGGUUGGAACAAGAUGGAGUCUGGAUUGGUGCUGGGUGUUUUCUUUUGGGGCUACUGCUUCACACAAGUGUUAGGAGGCCAUGCCAGUGAUAAAAUUGGUGGAGAGAGAGUCCUGAUAAUAUCCACGUCUUCCUGGGCAGUUAUGACAGCCAUAACUCCUCUUCUGGUCAAGAUGGGUCUCCCACCACUCAUCACCAUCAUACUAGCCAGGUUCUCCAUGGGUGUGCUGCAAGGUGUUCACUACCCCGCUCUAAACAGCAUCUGUGCGCAGCGUGUGGCUGAGGGAGAAAGGGGCUUUUUGAUGAGUACGUUAGGCUGUGGCAGUUACCUGGGUAUGCUGAUGGUCGGAGGACUGGGGUCUGUCAUGCUGGAGUGGUAUGGCUGGGAAAUUGUGUUCUAUGGACCUAGUGUCCUUUCCAUGCUAUGGGCCUGCUGUGUAUGGAUAUGGGUACGCAGAGGACCAACAGGCACAUUUGAUGCUUUAUUGAGUAACUCUGAGUCUGCAUUUCAAGCAACAAUUUCAAAGACCUGUUGGCGUCAUCUUUUAAAACAGCCCUGUGUGUGGGCUAUGAUUUUUGCACAUCUCUGCCAAAGCAGUGCACAUUUCACACUUCUGUCAUGGCUACCAACAUUCUUCAGUGAGACAUAUCCUCAUGCAAAGUACUGGGUGUUUAAUGUGAUCCCCUGGCUUGUGGCUCUGCCUUCUUCCUUGUUUGGAGGCUCUAUGUCAGAUCAUCUCAUCAGAGAAGGUUUUGGUACAGCUACUGUCAGAAAAUUAAUGCAGUUCUGCUCAAUGGGACUUGGCCCCAUGUUCAUUUAUUUGUUGUGUAAGACUACCACAUUUCUCCAUGCUGUGGUCUUUAUCUCAGCAGCCUUUGGCCUGUCCACCUUCAAUAGCAGUGGUGUGGCUGUGAAUGUACAUGAUUUAGCCCCAUCUUGUGCUGGAGCUCUUUUUGGUAUAAUGAACACUUGUGCUGCAUUUACAAGUCUACUAAUGGUUUACAUCUCAGGCUACCUGAUCGAGGUCACUGGGUCCUGGCUAACUGUAUUCGGCCUCGUCAUUUUGGUGAAUUUUGUUGGGGUAGCCGUGUUUAUUAUAUUUGGUGAAGCAAAGCGGGUGGACCAAGUAGAUCUGACUCCUGUUACAUGCAUCUAAAUACAGCAUUGUCAUUUGACUAACAGAUAUGUUAAAUAGUUACAGUUACAUUUAUAUAGCACUUUUCUAGACACUCAAAGCACUUUACAUAGUAUGGCGCGGGGGGAUCUCCUCAACCACCGCUAGUGUGUAGCAGCCAACAGCAGUCAUAGUGCGGCAGAACACCCACCACACACCAGCUAUUAGUGGAGAGGAGAGAGUAAUGUAGCCAAUUAAGGGAUGGGGAUUUUUAGGGGGGCUAUUAUAGAUAAGGGCCAAUAGGGUUAUACCCUUCUCUUUUAUGAGAAGUGUCCUGGGAUUUUUAAUAACCACAGAGUCAUGACCUCGAUGUAACGUUGCAUCCGAAAGACGAUGCUGUUUUUACAGUAUAGUGCCCCCGUCACUAUACUGGGGCAUUAGGACCCACACAGACCACAGGGUGAGCACACCCCCUGCUGGCCUCACUUAUACCUCUGCCAGCAGCAUCCUUAGUUUUCCCCAGGAGGUCUCCCAUCCAGACACUGGACAGCUUCAGUGGGAAACCAGGUGAGAACUGCAGUUAGAUAUGGCUAUGUGCUGUCUUAUCCACAUGUUCCAAAUUAAAACAGCAUUAAGCAUUUUGCCUAGGCUUUUAAUAGUGAA